UGUAUUUUGCCUUUUUUUUUCUUUUCAAUUUUCACAAUCUUCCAUUUCCUUCUCCGUUCUCACGAGCCUACAUCGCCGAGUUUCUCUACGCAUCGUCUCCCUCACACCAAGCCGACGACGGUACCAGUGGGGCCUCAGCGGAAUAUGGCGGCCUCUCUCCAAAGAAUUUGUGGCCGCGGCUGCCGCAACAUUGGCGCAAGUCUCUCCCCCAUCUCCCGACAGUUUUCGUCCUCAGCUUCCGAUGCCCUGGUGGAGACGAAGCCCGGCGAGAUCGGCAUGGUCUCCGGUAUUCCUCAUGAGCAGCUUCGCCGGCGGGUUGUAAUUUACUCCCCUGCUAGAACUGCAACUCAGCAAGGAUCCGGGAAACUUGGGAAGUGGAAAAUCAACUUUGUGUCUACUCAGAAGUGGGAAAACCCUUUGAUGGGUUGGACGUCCACAGGUGACCCAUAUGCUAAUGUUGGGGAUUCUGCACUUAGCUUCGAAAGCGAAGCAGCUGCCAAGGAUUUUGCUGCAAGACAUGGUUGGGACUAUGUGGUAGUAAAAAAGUACCAAACUCCACUUCUGAAGCCGAAGUCAUACGCUGAGAACUUCAAGUUCAAGGGCUUGCCAGAAGCUGAGGGAAAAUAAUUCUGGUUAUCAGCUGCCGCUGGCAUGGUUCCCUAGUAGGACAAAAGUUGCACAAAUUUGAGUGUCUUUACCUUUUCCCCCACUGCAAGAUUCUCAGCAGGUGGCAACACUGUAUUUUGCUGCAGAUUUGUCUGGUUAAAGUAAUAAUGCAACGACUAGCCCUCUAUAUUCUUGAUUCUAAUCUUUGUACAAGUUCGGUCAUCUGUAUUGAGAUGUUCUUGGGAAGAAAAGUAUCGCAAUAAGCCAAGGAUUUUAAAAUCAUACCACCGGAGGUUUAUACCGGAAAAAUCUGUGAUAUGAUAUUUUGUACUAAAAUCGUGGUUCAAUUGUUUCAUAUUGUUAAAAUGUAUCAAUA